CAUCCUGACCUCCCCACGCCCUGGUCCACCCCGCCCUGCUCCCACACGGCCGAGAGCAGACGCCGGGCAUCCUCCGGGGUGCAUCCUCCGGGGUGACCCCACCCUCAAGCCAGCAUCGGCCCCGCCAGUCUGACCCGCGCUCAUGGGAGCCCAGGCCCCUGCCCGGUCCCCUGGCCUGCCUCGCCCCCGCCACGUCAGCGGGAUUAGGUGUGAGCCCGGCUCCCACCAUGAGCGCUGAGCUCAACGUGCCUGUGGACCCGUCCACCCCCGCCUGCUCGGAGCCCGGCCACAAGGGCAUGGAUUACCGGGACUGGGUCCGCCGCAGCUACCUGGAACUGGUCACCUCCAACCACCACUCGGUGCAGGCCCUGUCCUGGAGGAAGCUCUACCUGAGCAGAGCCAAGCUGAAGGCCUCCAGCAGGACCUCGGCCCUGCUCUCCGGCUUCGCCAUGGUGGCCAUGGUGGAGGUGCAGCUGGAGACGCAGUACCAGUACCCGCGGCCGCUGCUCAUCGCCUUCAGCGCCUGCACCACGGUGCUGGUGGCCGUGCACCUGUUCGCGCUGCUCAUCAGCACCUGCAUCCUGCCCAACGUGGAGGCGGUGAGCAACAUCCACAACCUCAACUCCAUCAGCGAGUCCCCGCACGAGCGCAUGCACCCCUACAUCGAGCUGGCCUGGGGCUUCUCCACCGUGCUGGGCAUCCUGCUCUUCCUGGCCGAGGUGGUGCUGCUCUGCUGGAUCAAGUUCCUGCCCGUGGACUCGAGGCGCCAGCCCGGCCCCCUGCCCGGCGCCGGCGGCCACACGGGCUGGCAGGCCGCCCUGGUGUCCACCAUCAUCAUGGUGCCCGUGGGCCUCAUCUUCGUGGUCUUCACCAUCCACUUCUACCGCUCGCUGGUGCGCCACAAGACCGAGCGCCACAACCGCGAGAUCGAGGAGCUGCACAAGCUCAAGGUGCAGCUGGACGGACACGAGCGCGGCCUGCAGGUGGUCUGAGGGAGGGCGUGGCCCCGCCGCCUGCAGGGGCGUCAGGGAGGGCGUGGCCCGCCGCCUGCAGGGGGUGUCAGGGUGGGCGUGGCCCCGCCGCCUGCAGGUGGUCUGAGAGUGGGCGUGGCCCCGCCGCCUGCAGGGGGCGUCAGGGAGGGCGCGGGCCCCGCCAGGCUGCGUGGACACUGCCGGACAGUUCAAGACCAAAGUUCCGCUCCUGUCUUAACGCUGCCAUCGCCUCCAUGGUCCCCUCAGGAAACGGGGCUCUGGCUACGAGCUCGGGGGCAGAGACAGACCCGGCCCCCUGGCCCUGGCCCCGGGGCGCAGUGAAGAGCCCCGGUUGAGGAGGCUGUGCUGUCAGCCCUGCCCCAGGUAGGGUUCCAGGCAGCACCCCAUGGGCAGAGGCGUUUCGCAGACCUGGCGCCACUGGCCGGUGGGGGUGGGGAGACUCGGGCAGCGCCCUGAGUUCAGAGCAGGAGCUGUGGAGGGAGACCUGAGGUGGGCGGCACGGCCGCCUGGCCGGGGGCAACUGGCAGGGACCAGGGUUCCGGCACGGGCCGGCUCGGCCGAGGGUCGCGGCCUGGUGUUGGGGUCAGGAAGGGGUGUCUGGGCACCCACCGAGGAGGCUGGCGGCCAGAGCGCGCUCUCCCUGCCAGCCCGGUGCCCUGGCUUUGUGCGGCCCCCCAAGCGGGGAAGGACCCCUGGUCCAUGGCCUCUGAGGCUGAGUUGCCACCCACAGGGAAGGGGACAGCCUGGGGAGGACUGGGGCAGUGGGGUCGGUGGGACCCCUCCCCCAGCUCUGCCUCGCUGUGCCUCUCGUGGACACGGGCCACCAGCACAGAGGUUCCCGCCACCACCGCGCAGUGCGGGCUCUGGUUCUCACCAGGGCGUCUGGCAGGCCUGAGCACGCCCGUGUGCGGCAGCUGCCCCCACACUGCUGUUGAAACUCAGCUUGUCCCGGUCACCAGCGGCGACCCGGGCAGGCGGCCUUGUCUCUCGUUCUGUUGUUGAUUUCUCUGUGCUCAGCUUGUGUCUGCGGGGUCUGGGAUUGAGACCCCCCUGUGAGUGGGACAUCCACCCGGAGCCCUGGCACGCAUCUCGCAGCCCGGUCUCCCCACGGCCGCGUCCCCUGCAGCCCCCACCCCCCGUCUCUGCUCCCCUAGAGCCUUCCUGGCAUCGCCCCACACCCAGCAGCGGCGGCUGCUACUCCUAGGCGGCCGCCUGGGGUCCAGCUCUGCAGCUGGGAGGGGCUGCGCCAGCCACCCUGUGCCAGCCUGGGGUCAGUUACUUCUCCAGACCAUAGGCAGAGCCCUCGGCCUGGCCUGGCCCUGUCGGGGUCGGCCCCGAGGGCUCAGCACGGUGCCACAGGGAGGGGAGAUGCCACAGCCCCGGGUGACACUAACCGGUGAUGCGCUUGGCGGUGUUCGCCCGGAGCAUGCCCAGCGCCAGCCUUCUGGCUGCAAGGCACGGCGGGCAGCCUCUGGGGAACGUGACCGUGGGUGCGAGGAGCUGGUAGGGGCUCCUCGGGAGGGGCAGGAGCCACUCCUCAGGGCAGGGAACCACAGGCUGGCUGGCUGGUUCCCGGGGCUUAACCUGACUGUGCAGUGCGCUAAAUGCAGGGCCUGGGUGGGCCCGCCCCAGUUCCCCUGGCGGGACGCGAGUGUUUCUCUUAGAAACCGCCAAGGGGGUCUGCUGGGGCCAACCACGGACCUGCGCCAGCUGUCUGCAUGACAUCCUGUAGCCCAUGCGUGGUGUGCGUAGCCCAUUCUGUGUACGGGUUUUUCAAACAGUUGCCCUGGAUUGAGCCGAAUAAAUCCGCGAAGCCGC